AAAUCGUCCUUUUCAGUAAUUUUCAUCAUCAAAUUACCCAAAUCCCGAAUAAAAUUUUCUUUUCCAAGGAUCCAUUAUUUCCAUAAAAUCUCUAGCUCCAAUUUGCCGAAAAAAUAUAUGAAAAAACUGCAAUUAAAUUCGGAAUUCGAGUCGCCAACCGACUCCAUUAGUGGAAACGAGCGGCGAUUGUUUUUAGUUUUUCCCGAUCAGCAAUGCUGUGAAGAAGAGCACCAUUUUCUUUUUUCUCCCGUUCACGUUUCUAGUUCGGAUUUCAGUGUUUUUAAUUCGGGUAAUCAUUAGUCCCCGUUUGCGUUAAAUAUCAAAAUGCUCCUCUCGCUUGAUUGUCGUCCUGCAUGCUACAAAUUAAGUCAGAGUUCAGCGUCUACGGGGGGCACGGAGGGGUCCAGUCCAGCCUCCAGCCCUGCAUCAGCUGCAAGUCUUGCAAUGGCAGCGCCUAAAUAUGGUACUCUAGUGCCUAACCGCAUAUUCGUUGGUGGUAUCUCAGCAAGUACAAGUGAAGCUGAACUUGCUCAGCUUUUUUCCGCCUAUGGCAAUGUAAAAGCAACAAAAAUAAUCUCUGACCGCGCGGGCGUCUCGAAGGGAUAUGGAUUUGUCACAUUUGAAACUGAAGAAGAGGCCAAGAGACUGCAACAAGAGUCUGAGUGCAUCGUACUGAGGGAGAGAAAGCUAAACAUAGCUCCAGCCAUUAAAAAACAGCCUUUCAAUCGAUCGUUCGAUGGUGGAUCAGGUUCUCCUCCUGCUGUGCCUACCAGUACCUACUAUUAUACAAAUGGUAUGAGCCUCACCUAUCAAAAUGGAAUGACGUUUUACAACGCAGGAGCUCCAGCCCCCGGAACUGCGAUCGCACCUCCACCGACUGAUCCAGCAGCGCUUUAUCAAGCCGCAGGAGUAUUCGGGCCACAAGCGACUACAAGCCAUCAGACAUUUGCUCCGGUCAUGUAUCCGUGUCCAGCGCCAUCCUUAUACAUGCCGCAACAGUAUCAGUAUUCACCAAUGCCGUAUGAGCCGUAUUACACAGGAGCAAAUGCUACUGGAGCUCAGUACAUGUACGCAACUAGCAACUCUCAAAACACAUCGAGUGGUAGCGGGAAUGGUUCCGGAACCAAUAGCAAUGGCACAGGCGCAACCAGCCCAUCGGCAGGUCCUCCCCCGCCCCUGCAAUCUCUGCCUCCGCCACCCCCGACCCACUAUUAUGCAGCACCAGCCGCAGCACAUCAUCAUGCACCAGUUGCUGCGGGUCCACCGGCCCCUCAGAUGGAUCAUCUUUAUUACUCAUUCGCUGGACAUCCGCCUCCACCGCCUCAUGCACAGAUCGGCCUAGGUGAUCAGCAGCUUCUGCUUUAUACUACUGACACAUCCUGCCAGCAGCAGACGUCUGAGAGCCAAGGAAAUCAACAGGAGGACUCACAUUCAACAUCGAGCCACACGGAGCAGCAACAAAGUGAAACGCAGACUACUCAGCCUUCGGGCUCAUCUACACCUCUGGUAUCCCUAAUGCCCGUCAAAUUUCCAAUUUCCGGUCGUUACACUAACUAUCAUCCUCUAGCUCUCCAUGCCUCAAACUUGCACAGCUCACAGAACUGCCUAAACGAGACAGACGACUGUAACACAAAUCCGAUGCACUGCAGGACAUACGUUUAUCAUCCGGCAGCCGUUUACAUUCCCCACUCACACGCUCCUCCACCUUAUCACAACACGUCAGGAACUAGUCUCCUGCCGACGCCUCCUCCUCCCACGACCCCGCAGCCCUUCGAUUACAGUCAAAAGCCAAAUUUCCGCGACUACUCCAAGGGCAUUGUCGUGAAUCCGCAAAAUUACUCGCCCAAUUCCAACUACCUGAUGUCGUCGUCCAGCAUUCAUCAGAACAGUUUCGCGAAAUCGCCGGCUGCCGUUUCGGCAAAUCCUCAGAUAUACAAGUACACUGCUGAAGCCAUGCACAAAUACCAGUCACUCGGCAUUCCCUCGUCUCGUUUAUCAUCUGGGCAUCAUUACAAGCGUAAUUUCGGUUCGAACGCGGGCUCGUCCUCAUCGUGCUUCUUGUCUCAGAAACCCGGUGCCUAUUCGCCACAGACGGCGCACAAGUCUUUGCCUCCGACAUACAGCUCCCCGUGUACGAACAAAAACUUUGAAUAUACGAACGGACGUCGAAACUACAACGAGCAUCACGCGGACAAUGUCAAAUCAUCAUCAUCAUCGCCCUAUAAUACAUCGAGUCGUAAAAACGCGUCCUCGUAUCGAGCCAAUAACGCGACAACGGACUUUGACGGUCUGAAAAAUGGCCCGAGUAAUGAAAGUAGUAAUUUCGGGUCAAAUCGCAAUUUGCAAAGUGCAAACUCGCAAACGGGUAAUAAUAAUAGCAGCAGCAGCAGCAGCACAGAGACAGGAAUUACUGACAAGCCAACGAGCCCGCCUCCGGCACCCUAUUCCCCCAUGACUCGUCCUCUUCCCACUCUCUCACCACCAACGCCCACCUCUCAGGUCCAGUUUUACUCCCCGGCUCAGAACCGAUUCCAACAACCUCCGCCAAUGUCGCACCAGCACCACCAGCAGCAGCUGCAACAGUCGAAUCAACGCCGUUACGCUGCUCCACCGCCACUUCGCCGAGCCGAAAAGUACUCGAGUAGCAGCAGCAGCGCCGCCACUUGCCAGAAUUCGGUUUUGCGACAGCCGAACAAGUACAAAGUCAACGGCAUCAUUCAGACGGGUGGGGGUAACAGCAAAGUUUCCGAGGAUAGUAUUGGUGGGGCCGGUGACGCCCCCUCGGCGAUAGGACGAAUCCCGCUGACACCACCGGGCACGCCACGAAAUCACUCGAGCGACACGAAUCAACUGAGUGACGCGUGCCAUCAGAUGCAGGCUCUGAAUAUAUAAAAAAGUGUUGUUGUUGUUGUUGAUGUUGUUGUUUGUUUCGCCUCCCCCAUUUUGUUGUUGCAUGCGGGACGUUUUUUCUCCUCGUCUACGACUUUUGUGAUCUCUCACGUCCUGCACACACCGAAAUCUCCCCCCCCCCCCCAAGACUCUUUAAUAUUGUUGUUACUACUACUACUACUGCUACUUCUAGUACUGAUCUUCCCGGUCGAAAUCGAAGAAGAAGAAAAAAAGAGUCACUGAAUUGUUGAAUAUUUAUAGAGUAAUACGAAACGACGAGAUAUCAGUAUAAGGCGAGAUAUAUCGACAUUUACAGAUUAUAAGAUUAUAUAUUAAAAAAAAAAA